GGUUUUUGUUUUGAUUUUUCACAUUGACGCGAAACCAGAAAGUUAUCGUAAUCCGCCUCUGUCUCAACCGCCAUAAACACCGCCCAUUUGCUCCUCCUCCACCUGGUAACCCUAAUUUCCUCCUCUAUCCCACUUUUUUCAAACAUAUACAUACACUUAUCUUUACCUAAUUAUUAGCCUUUUAAUAUUUUUUUGCUUUCUCUCUGAAAUCCCAACCCUAACGGAGAUAAUAACAAAACCAAGCAAAACCAAGCGAAAUAUUUCUCUUUAUCCUUUGCUUCUUUCCAGCAAUAUUUGCAACAAUAUUGGAACCGGAGAAUUGAACCUGAAGUCAAAGGCAUUGUGAUUUACGCGUUGAAGCUUAAUUUUUUUUCGAUCAUUUCGUUAUUGUUAUUCACAGGAAGAAUAUGUUUAUAGUUACGGGGCAUAAGUGAAUUGGAUGAUAAAUGCUGUCGUUUCAUUCGUAGUUUGGAGCCUCUUGUGUUUUGGCUAUGGCUCAGCAGCAAUCUUCGCGUCUCAAUCGUUUACUGACUCUAUUAGACACUGGUUCUACCCAAGCGACAAGAUUUACUGCAGCUAGACAGAUUGGGGACAUUGCAAAAUCACAUCCUCAGGAUUUAAGCUCUCUUCUGAAGAAGGUUUCUCAAUAUCUCCGCAGUAAAAACUGGGAUACGAGAGUUGCUGCUGCCCAUGCAAUUGGGGCAAUUGCUCAGAAUGUUAAGCACACAUCAUUGCCUGAAUUAUUUGGCUACGUGGAAACAAAAAUGUCCGAGGCUGGGAUUUCAGGUGUUGUUGAAGAUUUGGUUGCUUGGCCUGAUUUUCAUUCUAAGAUCGUGUCAAGUGGUUCAUUUAGAAGUUUUGAUAUGAACAAGGUGUUAGAGUUUGGUGCCUUGUUGGCAUCUGGGGGACAGGAGUAUGAUAUUGCAAUUGAUAAUUACAAGAGUCCAAGGGAGCGAUUAGCUCGGCAGAAACAAAAUCUCCGGCGCAGACUGGGUUUGGAUGUCUGCGAGCAGUUUAUGGAUGUCAAUGAUGUAAUUAAAGAUGAAGACCUUGUUGCCCAAAAAUUGCAUUCCCAAGGAAAUGGGUUGGAGCAUGGAUUUUAUAUGCCUCCAUCAGUACAUAAUAUCCAGCGACUGGUUGCAAGUAUGGUUCCCACUGUUGUAUCAAAAAGACCAAGUGCUAGGGAACUGAACCUCUUAAAGCGAAAGGCAAAAAUUAAUUCAAAAGACCAAGCAAAAGGUUGGUCUGAGGAUGGUGAUACAGAGGUGUCAUUUGCUCAGAGUACAACUCCAAAGGCCUCAAAUCAAGAUUCAUUUAACUCUAACAAGGUAAAUACUGACGAAGAAAGCUUUGAGCAUGAUGGUGAAGGGAGGUGGCCUUUCCGUGGUUUUGUUGAGCAACUUCUCCUUGACAUGUUUGACCCCGUUUGGGAGGUUCGUCACGGUAGUGUCAUGGCAUUGAGAGAAAUUUUAACCCAUCAUGGUGGUUCUGCUGGGGUGUUCAUGCCUGACUUGAGCUUAGAUGGUGUUCUAGAUGAAUUAAAAGACCUAGAUUAUUCAAGCACAAGGAAACGAGAGAGGGAAAUUGAUUUGAAUAUGCAAGUUUCAGCAGAUGAGUUGCAGUCACAUCAGAAAAAGCCAAAGUUAGAAGAUGCAUCCUCUUUAUCAAUGUCAAUGUUGUCUACUGGCUGUGUAGGUAACUUUGACAUCAGUAUCAAGGUUGAAGAUGGUGGAUGGAACAUCCCUUCAGGACAGGUUAAUGGUCAAGUUGAUGCUAGUUCUGUUAAGAUGGAGUGUGAUAAUUACCCUGAUGGUAUACCUUGUUCAUCUAAGGUGGUGGAGUCUAAGGGUUGUUAUGUAGAUAAGGUUUCUGUGAAAUCAGAUGUACUUAGCAGCCUUCCUGAAAAUUGUGAGCUAAAGAACUUGGUUAAACUCUCUAGGUAUUCGUGGAAGAAAAAUAGUGAAUAUCUUCAAGAUUUUUCUAUUCGUUUCUUGUGCAUAUUAUCCUUAGACCGUUUUGGAGAUUAUGUAUCUGACCAGGUGGUUGCUCCUGUACGGGAAACUUGUGCACAGGCAUUGGGUGCCACAUUUAAGUACAUGCAUCGCACUUUAGUUUUUGAAACAUUAAAUAUUCUGCUUCAAAUGCAGCGUAGACCAGAAUGGGAAAUUCGUCAUGGAAGCCUUUUGGGUAUCAAGUACUUGGUUGCUGUUCGUCAGGAGAUGCUGCCUGAUUUGCUUGACUAUGUAUUGCCUGCUUGUAAAGCUGGUCUGGAGGACCCUGAUGAUGAUGUUCGGGCAGUUGCUGCAGAUGCUUUAAUACCUACUGCUGCUUCUAUCGUCUCUCUAAAGGGUCGGACAUUGCAUUCCAUUAUUAUGCUACUUUGGGAUAUAUUACUUGAUUUAGAUGAUCUAAGUCCAUCCACUAGCAGUGUGAUGAAUCUGUUGGCAGAAAUUUAUUCCCAGGAAGAUAUGAUCCCCAAGAUGGUAUCAAAAGAGAAGCAGGAAUUAGACCUGAAUGAAGUAAUUCAUAUUGACGAUGCCAGGGAAGGAAAAGAUUUGCAGGAGAAUCCUUACAUGUUGUCAACGUUGGCACCGCGAUUAUGGCCAUUUAUGAGGCACAGUAUCACAUCAGUUCGAUAUUCAGCUAUUCGAACUCUGGAGCGAUUACUUGAAGCUAGUUAUAAAAGGAAUAUUUCUGAACCAUCUGGUGCAUCAUUUUGGCCAUCCUUUAUUUUGGGAGAUACCCUUCGGAUUGUUUUUCAGAAUUUACUUCUUGAAUCAAAUGAAGAAAUUUUGUUAUGUUCGGAGAGGGUUUGGAGGCUCCUUGUUCAGUGCCCUGUGGAGGAUUUGGAAGCUGCUGCAAAUUCCUACAUGUCUUCGUGGAUUGAACUUGCAACUACUCCAUAUGGUUCAGCAUUAGAUUCUACGAAGAUGUUUUGGCCUGCGGCUCUACCUCGGAAGUCUCACUUUCGAGCAGCAGCAAAAAUGAGAGCUGCGAAACUUGAAAAUGACUCUUCUAGAAACAUUGAUUUAGAUCCAGGGAAGGAAAUUAUUCUACAGGAAAGAAAUGGGGAUGCUUCUGCUAGCACAGUUAAGAUCAUUGUUGGUGCUGAUGUUGAAAUGUCAGUCACUAAUACUCGAGUGAUUACGGCAUCAGCGUUGGGAAUUUUUGCCUCUAAGUUGCGUGACAGUUCUUUACAAUAUGCUAUUGAUCCGCUUCAGUAUGCUCUUACCUCUUUAUCUGGAGUACAGCGGCAGGUUGCAUCCAUGGUUCUCAUAUCAUGGUUCAAAGAAAUCAAAAGCAAUGACCUCCCUGAAGUGCAUUUUAUGCCUGCCUUUCCUAGCAAUGUUAAAAGUUGGCUGUUGGAUUUGUUAUCCUGUUCGGAUCCUGCAUUUCCUACAAAAGAUUCAGUUCUGCCAUACUCUGAGCUCUCAAGGACUUAUGUGAAGAUGCGCAAUGAGGCCAGUCUGCUAUGCCGAGCCACUGAGUCAUCUGGCUUGCCUGAGAAUACAUUAUCAUCUAUUAAAGUUGAUAUGGAGAACUUGAGUGCUGAUGAAGCAAUCAAUUUUGCUUCCAAGUUGCCUCCAUUAUGUGGUGAUAGUUCUGGGAAUGAAUCUUUGGGACGAAACAUUGUGGAUGAUAUUGAAUCAUUGAAGCACCGACUUUUGACAACUGCAGGCUAUUUGAAAUGCGUCCAGAGUAACUUGCAUGUUACUGUCUCUGCUUUAGUUGCUGCUGCAGUUGUCUGGAUGUCUGAGCUUCCUGCCAGACUUAACCCAAUCAUUUUGCCUCUGAUGGCCUCAAUCAGAAGAGAACAGGAGGAAAUAUUGCAGCACAAGGCUGCUGAGGCACUUGCUGAGCUAAUUUUUCAUUGUAUUGCACGUAAGCCUAGUCCAAAUGAUAAGCUAGUCAAGAAUAUUUGUAGUUUGACAUGUUCGGAUCACUCUGAGACCCCUCAAGCUGGACUAAUCAGUUCCAUGGAGACUAUUGAUGAUCAAGAUUUCCUUUCCUUUGGGAGUAAUACAGGAAAACAAAAGUCCAAGGUUCAUUCGGUAGCUGGCGGAGAAGACAGGUCAAAAGUUGAGGGCUUUAUUAGUAGACGGGGUUCUGAACUUGCAUUGAAAUAUUUGUGCGAGAAAUUUGGUGCUUCCUUAUUUGACAAGCUUCCAAAACUAUGGGAUUGCCUCACUGAAAUUCUGAUGCCUGGAAGUCUUGCAGAUGAACAACAAAUUACAAGAAGGAUUGAGGCUGUGAAGGAUCCUCAGAUCUUGAUAAAUAAUAUUCAGGUAGUACGUUCCAUCACUCCAAUGCUCAAUGAAGCAUUGAAGCCUAAGUUGCUCACACUUCUCCCAUGUAUUUUCAAAUGUGUUCGCCAUUCUCAUGUUGCAGUUAGAUUGGCUGCCUCUAGGUGUAUUACUUCAAUGGCCAAGUCAAUGACAACAAAUGUUAUGGCUGCAGUAGUCGAGAGUGCAAUUCCAAUGCUAGGGGAUGCCACUUCUGUUCAUGCCAGACAAGGUGCUGGCAUGCUUAUUAGUUUGCUUGUUCAGGGAUUGGGCGUGGAGUUGGUUCCAUAUGCUCCUUUAUUAGUUGUUCCUCUUCUUCGGUGCAUGAGUGAUGUUGAUCACUCUGUCAGGCAGUGUGUGACACGCAGUUUUGCUGCCCUUGUUCCUCUUCUUCCAUUAGCACGAGGCCUACCCCCUCCUUGUGGAUUGAAUGAGGUUCUAACGAGUAAUACAGAAGAUGCACAGUUUUUGGAGCAACUGCUUGACAAUUCACAUAUUGAUGAUUACAAGCUUUGCACUGAAUUGAGGGUCACAUUAAGGAGGUAUCAACAAGAAGGGAUAAACUGGUUGGCUUUCUUAAAACGUUUCAAGCUCCACGGGAUCCUUUGUGAUGAUAUGGGACUUGGUAAGACAUUACAGGCAUCAGCAAUUGUGGCAUCUGACAUUGCUGAGCGUCGCACUGUGAAUAGCAGUGAUGACAUUCAACCAUCUUUAAUUGUUUGUCCAUCAACACUUGUUGGACAUUGGGCCUUUGAGAUGGAGAAGUACAUUGAUGUUUCUGUAAUAAGUACCCUGCAAUAUUCUGGCUCUGUUCAAGAUCGCAUGUCUCUUAGAGAUCAUUUUGAUAAGCAUAAUGUCAUCAUCACUUCAUAUGAUGUGGUUCGCAAAGAUAUUGAUUUCCUUAGGCAGAUACUGUGGAAUUAUUGUAUUUUAGAUGAAGGGCAUAUAAUUAAGAAUGCGAAGUCUAAAAUUACUGCUGCAGUGAAGCAGUUGAAAGCCCAACAUCGCCUGAUACUUAGUGGAACUCCAAUUCAGAAUAACAUCAUGGAUCUGUGGUCUCUCUUUGACUUUUUAAUGCCAGGAUUUCUUGGGACUGACAGACAAGUAAGGGCUCAAUGUCUAGGUUCCUUGCUUCUUAGCUUCACAUUGUAUUUAAAGACUAUUGUAUUAAAUUUAAAACAUAAUGCUUCACCCAAAGCAUCUACACAUGUUUUCCAGGCACUGCAAUACUUGCUAAAACUUUGCAGUCAUCCAUUGCUUGUUGUUGGUGAAAAGAUGCCUGAAGUACUUGCAUCUCAAUUGUCAGAACUCCUGCCUCCAAGUUCUGAUGUAAUCUCUGAAUUGCAUAAGCUACACCACUCUCCAAAAUUAGUAGCACUCCAAGAGAUUCUGGAAGAGUGUGGCAUAGGUAUAGAUGCUUCAAGUUCUGAGAAUGCUGUGAGUGUUGGGCAGCACAGAGUUUUGAUAUUUGCUCAGCACAAGGCCCUUCUUGACAUUAUUGAAAGAGAUUUAUUUCACUCCCAUAUGAGGAAUGUCACAUACUUGCGGCUGGAUGGAUCAGUUGAACCAGAGAAACGUUUUGACAUUGUUAAAGCUUUCAAUUCAGAUCCUACUAUUGAUGCCUUGUUGCUCACAACGCAUGUUGGUGGCCUUGGUUUGAAUCUGACAUCUGCCGAUACCCUUAUUUUCAUGGAGCAUGAUUGGAAUCCAAUGCGAGAUCAUCAGGCCAUGGACAGGGCACAUAGAUUAGGUCAAAAGAAGGUUGUGAAUGUCCAUCGCCUCAUCAUGCGUGGCACGCUCGAAGAGAAAGUUAUGAGUCUCCAAAAGUUUAAAUUAUCUGUUGCUAAUGCCGUUAUUAAUGCAGAGAAUGCCAGCCUGAAAACAAUGAAUACUGACCAAUUACUCGAUUUAUUUGCAUCAGCUGAAGCCAAUACAAAGGGAACUACGAAGCGCUCAGAUGGCAACUCUGAUGGAGAUCCUAAAUUAAUGGGCACCGGAAAAGGCUUAAAAGCCAUCCUUGGGGGAUUGGAGGAGCUUUGGGAUCAAUCACAGUACACUGAAGAGUACAAUCUGACCCAGUUCUUAUCCAAGCUCAACGGGUGAAUUCGGGCUGCUCAUUCUGUGUACAAAGUGUAUAUUUCUUGUUGAGUUAGGAAAAGAAAUUUUGACGUUUUAAUAUUAGUUCUCUCUUUUUUUCUUCUGUCCUUAUUUUUGCCAUUUUUCAUUCCCCAUAUAUAAUUUUUUGAUUACUCCUAUAUAUGUUUCUUAUGUGGGAGACUGGGGAAAAAGAUGGUUUUAGUGGUUGGUUGGAUAGCCUGAUUUGAAGGAUAUCGAAAAAUGUCAACCCAGAAUGCAUCAGAUGGGAAACAGAAAUUGUAAAGUUUUGAAUAUUGUAUAUACGAUCAGUUCUUUUCUCGUUCUAAUUUAAAAAAAAAAAAAAAAAAAAAAAAAAAA